UUGUCUUCGCACUCCUUGCCUAUUGCUUCCGAGGAGAACGGCGAGUCGGGUAUAAACGUUGCUAAUUGGCGCAAUAUAUGCAUAAUUAAUGUAAUAAAAAGCGAAAGGCAAACGUGAAUGUUUUAUGUAAAUAAUAUAAAAAAGUGAACGUGUAGUGGAUAAAAAUUAACACGAAUCUAAUAAGCAAACAUAAAAAUAACAAAAACAGUGCAAGGGCGGCGUAAAGAAAGUGGAAAAGAAAAUUCUGCGUAGCAAACAAACCGGUCGGCGCACAACAUACAAACAUACAUACAUAUACACACAUGCAUACAAAUACAUACAAAAAACGUCGUCAAUAUAAUAUCGUAUGCAAAAGACGCAUUUUAAACAAAACUACAAAUCGUCGUGUACUCAAAAAGUAAAAACGUACGCAAAUCGUACAAUACAUACAUAUAAAUAACAGACUGUGUUUUAUAUUUGCGCUGACCAAACGAAAAACGCAAAAGGCGGCCGCCAUAUGCGACAGCGACUUGGACUGCUGUUCAGGCUGCGGGGGUGACAGCGCCAGCGGCGUAGCAAAGGUGGUGAGAGCAAGAGCUAAAACGACGCGACGCGACGCAAAGCAAUACAACACAACGCUCACCUUUCGCGUAUUGUAAAUUGUUUUUGCAAACACACAAACUAACCCCUCCGACCGACCGAGCGACCGGCCGCGCUGCAGCAGCCGCAUCGUCGUGUGUUCCACUUUCGUUAGGCAGCGCCCCUUUUGCUACUACUAUGCACACGCUGUCCUGAUUUCGAUGCAAUAAACACAGAGAGAGCGAGAAAGACAGUAAGAGGAGGACCUAUUAGUGGAAAUGUAUUUGUAUUGGUGAUCAGUAGCAGCAUCAGCUUUCCAUGCUAAGCUUACUCUCAGGAGUAAAAGUCGAAAGAGCGCAGAGAUCAAUUGAUGACAAUGUAUUAGUGAUCAGGAGCAGCUAAAUAUACUCUUUCGAGCUCUCCUCUGUGUGCGUGUGUGCCAAAUUAUAUUUAAUUAAUAAAAGAGCGCAUUUUAAAUAAAAUGCAACGGAGCUGCUUCAGCGACUGCAGCAGGCAGCUCUGGACGCUGCCAGCGAAGGCGGCGCAUGCAUAGGAGAGUCGCCUGGCAGUCAGCAGUGGAAGCAGAGACAGAGAGCGGCAGACAGCGUCGGGAUUCAAAUGUCGUCGAGCAACGGCGGCAUCAAUAGUGCCACAAAUGGCCGCAGUGGCAGCACUGGCAGCGCCAACAUCAAUCUCAAUCUCAAGCCCAAAGCGGGCGCAACAAUUGCAACAGCAACAACGACGACAACGACACACAAGACUUUGCCGGACCUGAAGACGCAGCGGAGCAACAGCAGCGCCGGCAGCGGCAUCGGCAUUGUGGCCAAAACCUUGGCCACCCACCGACGGGACAGCUCGCACGUGGAGAAAUCGCAGCUGCCGGAGCGGCCGCUCAGCUAUGGACCGCCGCAGCAGAGCAAACCCGUGGCCCUCAGCAAGGAGCCGAAGGAGGGGCAUCUGGUGUACUGCGAGGGCAAGCUGCACUCCGGCACACUGCAGUCCCUCAUCCUGCACAUGGUGCCCACGCACGACUACUACCCGGAGCACAAUUUUCUGUUUGCCUUUCUGUUGAGCGGACGCCUGUUCAUUCGGCCGUACGAGCUGCUCGCCCAGAUCUCCAGCAACUGGGAGCUGCAGCAGCAGCCGACGGGAGAUGUGGUGGACGAGGCUGUUGCCCAGCCGCCGUCGUUGCCGCUGCACUUGAACUCUGCCUCGCCGCUGACACAGCGCAAGGGAUCGGCCGCAGCUGGAGCAGCGGCUGGACAGGGGCCGGGGCCGGGGCAGGAGCUGGAGCUGGAGCCAAAGCCACAGCAGCGAACUUUGACGCAGCGAUCGGCGCAGCAUUGCAUACGCUUGCUCUCCGAAUGGAUUGAGAUCUUUCCGUAUGACUUUCGGGAUGAGCGCCUGAUGCAGCAGGUGCGCAUCUUGGCCAGAAAAUGUGUAUACAUUGACAACUCGCUGGGCAAGCAGGUGUCGCGCAUCCUGCAGCUGCUCGUGGCGCGUCUGAAGGAUCUGGAGCAGUACGAGGAGUUUCUGCAGCUGCUCAACAACGAGGCCAUCGAACAGCAGUCGCACCAGCACCAGCAGCAACAGUCACAGCAACAGAUGCACCAUCAGCAUCAGCUGCAUCAUCAUCAUCAGCAUCAUCUACACUUGCAUAAUCCGUUUCAAACGUUUCUAGGCAGCUCCCAUACAUCAUCGUCGGGCAGUGGCCACACCACGAACGGUUUAUCGACGAGCGGAGCCGGCAGCGGCAGCGGCGGCGGCUCGGCCAGCAGCAGCGGCAACUCGACUAACAGCGGCAGCAACUCCGCCUCGAGCACUCCGCAGCCCGACGAGGUGUUCGGCAUCAUGGACUUGUGCCCCAGCUGUGAGCAUUUGGCGCAUCAGCUAACGGCCAUCGAGUUGGAGCGUCUGUCGCACAUUGGACCCGAGGAGUUUGUACAGGCCUUUGCCAAGGAUUAUCAGCAGCAGCAAGCCAAGGGCACGGCCAUCGGAAUGGGCAUGGGCAUGGGCAUGGGCAGCACAAUCACAGCUUCAAAUGAUGCGACGUCGGGCAGCUCCUCAUUGAAUGAUAUGAAGAAGACACGCAAUUUGGAAUCGUAUGUUCAAUGGUUCAAUCGUCUCAGCUAUUUGACGGCCAGCGAAAUUGUUAAGUAUCCGAAGAAGAAGCAGCGCGUGCGUAUUAUCGAAUACUGGAUUGAGACGGCACGCGAGUGCUUCAACAUUGGCAACUUCAACAGUCUGAUGGCCAUUAUAGCUGGCCUAAAUCUCGCGCCCAUUGGUCGACUUAAAAAGACGUGGUCUAAAGUGCAAUCGGCAAAAUUCUCCGUGCUGGAACAUCAAAUGGAUCCAACAUCGAAUUUCAACAGUUAUCGCUCGACGCUUAAAGCAGCUAUGUGGCGCUCCGAGGGCGCCACAGAGGAACGCGAACGCAUAAUCAUUCCAUUUUUUAGUUUAUUUGUUAAGGAUUUAUACUUUUUGAACGAAGGCUGCUCGAAUCGUUUGCCAAACAAUCAUAUCAACUUUGAGAAAUGCUCACAACUCGCCAAACAAGUGAUGGAGUUCAAUGAAUGGAAGAAAGUCAUUUGUCCAUUUGAGAAAUUGCCGAAUGUAAUUGCCUACCUGCAGCAUAAUGCGGUGCUCAAUGAGAAUACGCUCGCGAUUGCAUCGUUUGAGUGUGAGCCGCCCGAGAAUACUGAGGAGAAGGAUCGCUACAAAACUGUGAAAGCCGAAACGAAGCAACAAUUGAUGCAACAAUUGCAGGAACAACAACAGCAACAGCAACAUCAACAACAACACCAGCAAUAGUUGUCUCUUAGCUAUUUAGACUUUACACAGACUUAAUUUAAGUUACGCUUAAGCGCUUGCCAUGUUUUACUUUUUUUUUGUAAACUUACUUUUUACAUAAGUCGAUUAUAAAUUUUAAGACGAGAAAGUUGAGAAUUGUUUAGGCUAAGCUCAGCAAUUAGUUCAGACAAGACGCAUGCGCUGCUGCCCCUUUUUAAGCUGGCUAAUGACUUUUAAAGUCAGUAGUUGCCUUAGCACUAUAAC